AUGGAUGUAGGCAAUCCAUAUAUGUAUAUAUCCAAUCCAUAUAUGAAUAUAGAAAACCCACAUACGGAUAUAUUGAAUUUAAAAAUGGAUAUGGAUACGAGCAAUCCACUCAUGGAUAUACAUAACCCAGAUAUGGAUGUAGGCAAUCAAGAUAUGAAUAUAUCCAGUUCAUAUAUGAAUAUGAAAAACCCACAUACAGGUAUUGGGAACUUAAAUAUGAAUAUAGACAAGCCAUACAUAGAUAUAGACAACCCAGAUAUGGAUGUAGGCAAUUCAUAUAAGUAUAUAUCCAAUCCAUUUAUGAAUAUAGAAAACCCACAUACGGAUAUAUUGAAUUUAAAAAUGGAUAUGGAUACGAGCAAUCCACUCAUGGAUAUACACAACCCAGAUAUGGAUAUAGACAAUCAAGAUAUUAAUAUAUCCAAUCCAUUAUUGAAUAUGGAAAACCCACAUACAGAUAUCGGGAACUUAAAUAUGAAUAUAGACAAGUCAUACAUAGAUAUAGACAACCCAUAUAUGGAUAUAGACAAUCUAUAUAUGGAUAUAGACAAUAUAUAUAUAGAUAAAACCCAUACACGGACAUAG